UGUUGCUUUUUUUGUGACGUGGACUAAUCGGUUACCUUAAUCAACGGGAGUUGUUAAAUCUUCAGAGAAAAAGAAAUUUCCCGCCUCUUCGAUCCCUUCUUCCUCCCCUUCUUCCUCCGGCGUUACUUCCUUUCCUGCUCUCCCUCUCUCUUUCUCCCUUCUCUGAUCUUCGUUCCUUACAGUCGCCUCUUAUCCACUCCUCUGCCAUGGGAAAAAAGCCAAUUUUUCACAAAAAGAGAAAUGAAAAGAUGAAAGAGAGUGCGGAAAUUGAUCAACGAUGCGACAUUUGUGGAAAGUUCUUCGUUCCACUCAGGGAUUUUCACCUCCACCUUGUGAAAUGUGAAAAACAAAAAAAGGCUCUGAUUCAAGAAGAGAAAGAGAGACUGAAGAAGGAAGAGGAAGAGGAAGCGGAAAAGGAAGAAAUGAGGCGCCAAGCAGAGAAGAAGAAGAAGAAGAACGCCAAGAAAUGCAAGAACCAGAAGAAGGCCGACGGCCAGACCGAGAAAGAUGAGAAGAAAGCCUCAAGAACCAAAAACAAUAGAGGAAGAAAGUAAUAUUUUCUUGUGGCUAACCAAAAAAACAGAUGGUAAAGGUAGAUUGAAAGUGCUUUUUGGUAGCGGUUCAUGUUAAAUGUGAAUAAAUAAAAUGGAAAGAGAGGAACCUUUUGUCGCCAUUUUACUUUUCUUUGUUCUUUUUCGCGUUAUUGUUUUGUCUU